AUGUCACUCUUUCUCGGCACGCCAGAUAGUACUGACAUGUUGCUACACCAAGUGCACCCAUGUGCUUCGACGAAUCUUCGACUCCCAUCAGAUCCCAAAGAGCAAGAAAGGAUCUUAGCAACCAAGCCUUCAUUUCAUCUUAUUGCUCCCCAUGGAUGGUUGAACGACCCUUGCGGGCUGGGCUAUGAUCCGGCCACGGGACUAUACCACCUGUUCUUCCAAUGGAAUCCCUAUGGGAACGAUUGGGGCAAUAUGUCCUGGGGACACGCAACGUCAACCGAUCUCGUCUCGUGGAACCAGGAUCAAACUCCGGCUUUAACCCCCUCUGCAGAGUAUGACAGUCAUGGUGUAUUUACAGGUUGUCUACGUCCAACAGACAUACAGGGGAAUCCGGGCUCUCUGACGGCUAUAUAUACUUCUGUCAGUCAUCUUCCAAUACACUACACUCUGCCAUAUGUGGCUGGCUGUGAAUCGCUGGGGUUAGUCUGCUCCAUAGACGGUGGUAAGACGUGGAAACGGCAAGAUUGCAACCCGAUCCUUCCAGGGCCGCCUUCCCACUUAUCAGUGACUGGAUGGCGAGAUCCCUUUGUCACUACUUGGGCUCGAGGACAACCCUCAGCGUCCCAGACGGAUCCCCCGCAACUGUAUGGGUUUCUCUGCGGUGGGAUCUCGGGUAAAAAGCCCGCUGUCUUUGUUUAUACGAUAUCCCCGGAGGAUCUUCGGCAAUGGCAGUAUGUUGGUCUCUUGGUCGAUGUCGAUCUUAAUUUUCGACCCUCCCGCUGGUCCGGUGAUUUGGGUGUGAAUUGGGAAGUCGCCAACUUAGUGACUCUGUGCAAUGAUUCAGGCGAGACCCGCGAAUUCCUCGUCAUCUGUGCAGAAGGUUGUUUGCCUUCGACAUCAGAAUCGAGCGUUCCAGAUGCUCGCAGUCGACGAACGCCUCGAGGGCAGAUGUGGAUGUCUAUCAAUCCAUCUCCGGAUACCACCACGGCGGAUGAAGCGCUUGCAACAUACUCCUUCUCUGGAAUUUUUGAUCACGGGUGCCUUUAUGCCGCCAGUUCCUUCUGGGACCCUGAGACCUCGCAGCGGAUUGUCUAUGGCUGGAUCACAGAGGAGGACCUGCCCGAUGGCCUUCGACAUAAGCAGGGGUGGAGCGGCAUGAUCUCAUUACCUCUCCCAGAGGCCUCCGGAAACACAUACACUCUACAUACCUUGGGAAUAAGCCCUGACGGCCGGCUUUCCCGGCUUCGACAGACUGCUUUGCAUAGCAAGAUCUCGGACUUGGCUCUCAAGCCAGACGUUGCAUAUCCUGGAGUAUCAUUGUCUUUGAGUACGAAUCGCUGUGAAUUUGUUACCGAAUUUUCGGUUGCACGGUCAUGCAGCAGAGUAGGCAUUGAAAUUGCACACAGCAGCGACUUCGAGCAUCGCACCACGCUUUCGUGGGAUCCCCAAAGCGAAACGUUCAUUAUUGAUAGACCGGCGCUUCAGAAUCCCGACAUCAAUCACGGGCGCGAAUCAGCCCCACAUACUCUCUUUACCCUUGUGGACGACCAAGGUACGGCUACUGAAGAAAGACUUCAAAUCCACGCCUUCUUCGACAAAAGCGUGCUAGAAGUCUUCGUGAACAGCCGGACGGUCAUCUGCACCCGUGUUUACUAUCCUUCAGACCGGCUCUACGGCAUUCGGUACUUUGCAAAAUCGAGUUAUCAAGACGAUCACACGCCAUCAACACUCGUGCAUGCCGAGGUGUGGGACGGGCUGGGUGUUUGA